AUCUUUUGUAAAAUAUUAUUUAAUGACUUCUUUAUUUGUUGUUCUACCGUCGUCAUAUUUACAAUCGCAAGAGGAGCUUGUUGGGUGAGGAAGUGGACUUUUAUUCUUUUAUGUGCCUGUUUUUUUACUUAAACUCAAAGGAAAGAUGGCCCUUUUAUGUAAACCGUCAUGUCUGUCAAAAAUAAGUGCUAUUUGCCUUGCCGUCACUUUUAUUGCUUUAUUUCUAUAUUUUGAGCCACAGUCUCCUUUGUGUCCAUCUACGUCUACAUUAGCUGAUGAAGAAACCUCUGAAGGCACAGUUCUCACUGAAAAGCCCAUCGUCCUGCUGUGGUUCUGGCCUCUUGGUUUUAGGUUUGAUUUCAAAAUCUGCUCAACCUACUUCAACAUUGAUAGCUGCAUACUGACUGAUGAUAGAUCCAUGUACAGCAAAGCAGAAGGAGUCAUUUUCUACCACAAACAUAUUGAUUGGAAUUUAAAAAACAUGCCUCUCGAUCCACGCCCAACAUUUCAGAAGUGGGUUUGGCUUAAUGAGGAAUCUCCAAGGAACACAGCAAAGAAACCAGCUUUAGAAAACCUGUUCAACUUAACACUGAGCUACAGACGAGAUGCCGACAUUGUGAUGAGGGAUGAGGUGACUAUCAGGAAAGAAGAGAUGAGGGAAGACUUUGUUCUGCCCAAGAAAGACAAACUGGUGUGUUGGAUUGUCAGUAACAAUGCUGCGAACACUGGAACAAGUACAAGAGAUAGAUAUUACCGUGAACUUUCUAAACAUAUAAAGGUUGAUCUCUUUGGAUCUGCUUAUACUGGGCACCGGUUGAGCUUUGAAGACUAUUACCCAACCAUCAGUAGUUGUAAGUUUUACCUCUCGUUUGAAAACUCACUCUUCAAAGAUUACAUGACAGAAAAGGUGAAUGGGCCCCUCACAGCAGGGACAGUCCCUGUCGUUCUGGGUUCACCGAGAGAAAACUACGAGCAAUUCCUUCCCAAUGGCUCCUUCAUUCACGUCAAUGAUUUCCCUGACGCAAAAUCCAUGGCAGAGUUUCUACAGCAGCUGGACAAGGAUGAUGAAGCAUACAUGGGUUAUUUUGAAUGGAGAAAGUACUAUGAUGUCCUUCCUCAUCUUUUGACAGUGGCAAAACAAUUCAUUCAACCCACCUGCCUCGCCUGUGACCACAUCGCAAAAUACAAAGAGUACAAUGUAGUUAAUGACCUUAAUGAGUGGUACUUUACACCAGAACUGCACUGAGAGCACUGCAAUAGAAGAUCAUUACACCUACCAUCCACAAUUAGGUGCACAAGCAUAGACAUAUUUACAUUGCCAGAUAAAUUAGAAAUUAAGUGUGUUAACACUGAGUUCUACAUCUGUCUGACGCUCUCCUGUUUAUCAGCGUCAGUGGCUCUCCUAAAUGUAGUUGUGUGACGUUCUUCUGCUCACUAGAUUGUACAUGAUGGAAUAAUUGUGUAGGGCUUGAAAUAAGCAGAUCAGCAUGUUUCUUAGUUUAUUCCAAAGAGGUUAACUGUUCUUAAUAUGUGCUCAGUAAAAUGACGUAGAUUGGUGUGUUGGAGUUCAUGUUAUGUUAUUUUUUAAAAAGGAAAGAGUUGAGGAUUAUCGAUGGAAAUCUUUUCAUUCAUGCUAUGUGUCACAAUACCUGCAACAUUCACUCUGCCCUCUUUAAAUGUGCAUUUUUACAUUGUGUAUCUUCUCGCUGUAUUUCCUGUUCAUAGUUUUGUUUGCACCAUCAAACUAAAGCUCAAUUUAGAUCACGUGUUUGGCAAAAGCUUAAAAUUGCCAAACACAUGAUCAAAAACAAAUAGCUAUAUAUAUAAUAUAUAAAAUAAUGUCAAGUCAUUUUAUGUAUAUAUAUAUAUAUAUAUAUAUAUAUAUAUAUAUAUAUAUAUAUGUAUAUAUUGUGGCGGGCACUCAGGGGUGUGUUCUCUCACCCAGUUGGUUUCUGGGUAAGGGGUGGUUCUGGGAUAUAUAUAUUUGCUGUAUGGGGCACAUGUGCUCUGGCUGUUCCAACUUAUACAGAAUAAACCUGUGAAACUCA